GGAGGCCAACUUGAUUAGCAGCGUAUUAGACGGUGAUGGAGGUAGAUGUAGAGAGAAGACUUGAAGUUCAGUGUUCAAUGUGCUGUGGAAUCGGUUAUAGGGGCCUCCCGAGUGGUGCAGUGGUCUAAGGCAGUGCUAGCUGUGCCACUAGAGAUUCUGGGUUCGAGUCCAGGUUCUGUCGCAGCCGGCAGCAACAGGGAGACCCAUGGGGCGGCGCACAAUUGGCCCAGCGUCGUUCGGGUUAUGGGAGGAUUUGGCUGGCAUCGAUGUCCUUGUCCCAUCACGCACUAGCGUCUCCUGUUGCGGCCUGGGCGCAAUGCUCGCUGUCACGGUCGUCGGGUGUACAGUGUUUCCUCCGACACAUUGGUGCGGCUGGUUUCUGGGUUAAAUGGGCAUUGUGUCAAGAAGCAGUGUGCCUUGGCUGGGUUGUGUUUCGGAGGAUGCACGGCUCUCGACCUUCACCUCUCCCGAGUCCAUACGGGAUUUGCAGCGAUGAGACAAGAUUGUAAACUACCAAUUGGAUACCAUGAAAUUGGGGAGAAAAAGAGGUUUUUAAAAAUCUAUAUAAUAAAAUAAAGAAUCGGUUAUAGACACAAUCAGUCAGACCCAUACAUUCUCUGAUACUCACAUUGCGUGGGAGCCCAGUGCAGUAGCAAUGGUCACACAGGAGAACGGUCACCACGUGUGUGAUGUGACUGGAGUCGACUUCCUGACUAUAGGGCUAGUAGCUUCUCCGUAAAGAAAGGAGGGAGACACACAGUAUUAUGUGCUGUAUGAUACCUUUUUUCGUCCGAUACAAAGGUUAUAUUCUUUAAUGGUAGCAAUACCAUUUUUGUGCAUAUUUUUCUUCAGGAGUUGAUUGUAAUUAUUGUUAUUAUUUUUGAUGAUUUAGACUAGUGGCAUUGAACUGUUAACUGGGAAACGGGACCAAAGAGACACCCAUGUACCUGUAGAUCCUCAUAUGAGCUGUUUAUAUUGUCCCACUGCUUAUUAUUACUAUGGGAGAAAGUCACGUCAUGCUGAUUGGAGAGUGAUGCCUACAGAAAGCAGCCGUGGCUCUCUGCUUCUCCUGCAUCCAAACUCCAGCCUCACAUGUAGAGAAAACAACACAGUGGGUAGAAACAUAGAGGGCCUGUGUUGAGGGAGAUAAUGAUAUCUAAGCUUGUAUGAAGACUGUAUUGUGAUACAUCCAUCCAUGCUGCUGCCCCAGACUAAUGAACUAAAUUUAACUAGUCACUUCACAAUCACACUGCCGUUCAAAUCCUCUCUUCAUUGCUACCAUGUGUGAGCAGGGCUGCACUGUGUUGUAGACAUGACUCACCUAGCGUCACUUUGAUAUUGACUGGACCACGUUUAGGGACAUCAUGGGGUGGCGGUACAGUACAGUAAGAUACAGAAGGAUACUGAGAUGAGACCCAUCAUUACUGAUUUAAGCUACUGUUUCUAUAGACCACUUCUGGAAUGAAGAGAAGCCGGUCUGGGGAGUUCGGAUGCAGGAAUUGCAGGCGCGACUAGUCGUCACUCUCACCAGUGUUGGAAUGACAGUUAUCUUUCACGAUCACUUUUGAAUUAUGCAUUCUCGUUGUGGCCAUAGCAACCGUUCCCUUACACCCUCCCCCAAAUAUGUAAUUAUGCAAAUGUUAUUGAUAGUUACUCUAAGAAGCAGAGGGCGUAGUUACAAGUUGUGUUGAAACUUCAGUGCCUUUUUUUUCUUUCACCCCCCACCCCUUUAUUUUCUCAUGUUCCCCUCUUCAUCACCAAGUCCACAAUAAUAGUCUCCAUCUCUCCUUCAUCCUGUCUUCCUUCUAGAAGUCGUAGAAAUGUAGUCCUUACUUCCUUACUACUCACAUCAUUUUAUUUUUGUUUCAUUUACUUAAAUGGGUCGGGAGGUUUUGUUUUUGGUGAUGGUUUGUUGAGAGGAACAUAUGUAAUUAUGUACUAUGCAUUUGCCAACAAUGGGAGAAAGAGGAUAGCUUUUGUUUGCUCAGAGACCCCAUAUGUGAGACAACUCACUUGUAUUAUACAAUACUAGAUGGCAACAAGAUGAGGUUAAAGAGAUUAUCUCUAACGUGGGCUUUUUCACCAUUGAAGCACAGUAAUGAGCAGGUUAAAUCCUGUUAUACCAGCUUAGGUUAAUACUCCACCGCCACUGUAGUCUCAAGACUACUUGGCAAACGUGUGCUUACGAUCCUCUCCCUCUUUCUCGCUCUUUCUUCCCUUUGCUUCCCCUCAUGUAUCCUAUUUACAAAUACAUAGUGGUCUAGUUUUAUAUGUUUGUAUAGAGAUGGGUGCCUUGUUCUGACGAUCAAGCUUUUUCCCAAAUGGCUCUUUUUUUUAAAACAAACACUGUUGGUUGGGGAGCUGUUUGGCUGUUAAGGUAGAAGAACCAUGAAAUGAACGUAGAAAGAGUUGGGUGACCAACAUCAAGUCUCCUGUUUAAUGUACAAUUACAGUGAAAUGCCUUUCUUGCAAUCUCUAAAGCAACAUGCAUUCUAGGUCUGGCCAGGAGGUUUUCCUAGUCAGGUCACAUGGUCUGGAAACCCCCCUGGCCUUACUUCUAGGUAAUCCAAGGUUUCAGAUAGGUGGUUUAUGGGGGAUUGACUGUAGGGUGGCUGUGUAAGUCCUGCAGUGUCCCCUGUAACUAUGCUAUCUCAGGGGUAUGUAUGUUACAAAGUGUAUUGUGUGUGUUCACCUCAGCGACCACAAGGUUUGACCAGCGCCAUGUUUGCACCAGCUAGCCAGUGCUUUGUAUAGAACUGGGUCUGGUCUGUCGCACAUGCAUCUGCCACAUGUAUAUCUAUAAACAAAUGAAUAUGCAAGAUCUAUACUGUGUAUUUUGGCUUUGAUUUCAUUGUGUAAGAGCUUUUAAUUGUAUACUUCAGAAGAAAUGAGGUACGUUUUUUUUAAAUUGUAAUUUUUUAAAAAUAAAUUGGGGUAAAAAAAAAGGUAUUUUACUGUUUUGAGUUCAAGAACACUGCAGUCACUUAAGCAUAUAUCCUGACACAGAGAGACCAACAAAAGAGGAAGGAAGGUUUAUUCACAAGACAACUGGGUAGAAGUGUAUAGCUGUGUUGAAAGGCACAACACUCAAAAUAACAUUGGACCAAAAUACUUUUUUUUAUAAAAGGCCUUUUAUUUUCUGCAACGACUGGCAACCAAUAUAAAAAGUGAAGAGGAUGGUGGCCGUGACAUUCUUAUUCCUCUGCUUCUGGGCUGUAGGUGUCCACGGUGACCUCAGCCGUAUCCAGGUUACUCUGGAGCCAGACAGGCCCUCUCUGAGGGUGCAGCUCUCUCACACCGCCCACCUGCGCUGCUGCUACUCAGCCACAAGGGGAGCCGUGGAAACCACCUGGUUCAUCAGCGUCCAGACGGUCAACGGCACGUCCGCCCCGCAGGGAGUGGACCGGAGAGACAACCAUGUGACAGUGGAUGGGGGGAACCUGACUGCGGCAGGGGUCAUGUGUCACACACUCAUCCUGAGGGAGGCCCGUCUGAACGACUCAGGGUUGUACCAGUGUUUUCUCAACCACAGCGCCCUGCGGCACUCUGUGUACACCCACGGCACCUUCCUGCAGGUCUACAGGCCGAUGGUGAAGAUUCUGGACAUCAGUGAAAGCACCAAGAACAGCAUCCUGACUGCUGAGGCAAUGUUACUGAUGGUGGCAGUGCUUCUGCAUGGUACCAUGAUGCUCUGUAAGACGAAGAAACUCAAUCAACUGAAGAAGAAAAGGGUCAAAGAGGAAGAGGAGAAUAUCUAUGAGGGUCUAAAUCUGGAGGAAUGCUGCUCCACAUAUGAUCAGAUCCAGCGCUCUCUGGUGCAGGGCCCCUACCAAGACGUGGGAAACAUGAUCAUAGAGGAGGAAAUCCAACUGGAGAAGCCUUGAAUGAGAGGGGGGAGGAACAGAGGGCGGGAGAAGAGUAAUUUAAUAGAACAGAGUUGUGGUGAGGGUUUUGAUAUGAAUUUUCUUCAAAAUGUUCCCCCCCACACACACUUAUGUUUGAAUUUAUAGAGGUGACCUGCGUUUUCCUUGCAGCCUUUGCCUAUAUUUGAAUCUAAUUUCUUAGUGGACCAAAAAGGCAGUAACCUACAAUGUCAGAGGGAAUUUUGCUUUCAAUUUAGCCUUUCAUUACAAAUGCCAAUACCUAAACACUUUAUAUUCAUAAAAUAUAUUUUUUUCUGCA